UAUAAGAGAUAAUCUAUUGCCCCACAUUGAUGUUAAUUAGUAUUAUAUAUGUGUAUUGAAUUUCCAUCUCUGUAGGUGAAGAGGAGGUGGAGGGGAGUGAAGAAUUGCACGAUAAUCAUCACAAUUUGAAAAAUCCCAUUCUUGUGGAUUGGAAUGAGGACGACAAGUUGUUCGUGCCCACCAAGGCUAGUGGAACAGUUGAAGAUAAAUUAAAGAAACAAAACUUCGUUACAGUCGUGGGAAAUUCUGGAUCUGGAAAGUCAGCCAUUAUACAACACGCUGCCCUGAAAUACAAGGGACAGGGAUGGGACGUUAUUCCUGUUGACGACGUCAAGGAAAUAAAAGAGGCCUGCUCUACUGGACUUUCUAAGAAACUGUUUGUGUUUCACGAUCCGGUUGGAAAAGAGUCUCUCAGUGAUUUUGAAUACGAAAAAUGGAAAAGAUGUGAGAGGACCUUGAAAUCAUAUUUAAAAGAAGUAAAAAUUAUUUUGUCGUGUAGAUGGUGUGUAUAUCACGAUGAGAGAUUGAAAGGAAUGAUAAAGGAGAGCAAUAAUUCAGUAAGGAUAGAUGAUGGAGCGUGUAAGCUUUCCACGAACGAAAAACGAAAAAUACUGCAUCAAUAUACCGGAAAUAUUAAGUUUACAGAAGACGAGACUGAGGAAAUACUUAGAACAUAUGCUUACUUUCCAUUGCUAUGCAAAAUGUUUUCCAAUAAACCGAAAAACAAGGAUACAGGGGUUAGUUUCUUUAGGAAACCAUUUGAAAACGUGAGAGAAGAAAUUGAAAUGUAUAAGGACAGAGAUACAUCAAAGUACAGCGCGCUGAUUUCCCUAGUAGUUUCCAACAACAAUAUGAACGUAGAGAACAUGGCGGAUCUUCGUAACUCACAUUUUCCAGACGAGAACUUGAAAGACAUUCCUAAAAUGGGUGGCCUUCCCGACAACACACCAAUCACUAGCAUGACUAAAGGUUUUGAAGCACUGGAAGGGUUCUUUGUAAGGCGUGUGGGUAAUUCCUACAAAUUCAUACAUGAUUUUGUCCAGGAAAUAACCGCAGUCGUUAUUGGAGCUAGAUGUCCAAAACAAACAAUCAAAUACGCUGACAAUGGCUUCCUACGACGAAGAGUGAAAAUAGAAGAUGGAAAACAAGAGUGUGGUCCUCUCACUGUUUACUUGCCUGACGGGUACAUAGAUGAUCUUGUGCAAAGAUUUUUGUUGGAUAUACAGACUGAACAUCUACUUGAUGUGGUCCUCAAUCCAUGUUUGCGAAACAAGUUGGUAAUCGAGUCUUUCAUAAAACACUUAGAAGAGGAAAAUGAUGUUUCACUCGAUUUGAAACGUACACUUGUGGAAGUCGAUGCAUAUGAAUUAGGAAAAGUAAAGGAAAACAGCACGAUAUCAAGACUUGGCUUCUUUUUAACUCAAGGGGAAGUAACUCCACUAAGUGCUCUAAUUAUAUUUUGCCAUGAUGAGAUAGCAUUAUACUGCUUAAAGAAUUUCGCACCAUCUGAUGAAUUUUCUACAUUUGCUUCGAUAUGCGCCAAUGGAAACACGGUAUUAUAUGAUGUUUAUUCACAAAAGUAUGCCGUUAAAUACUCUAAUGUGAUAUGGGGAGGAUUUUAUGCUUUACACAUGGCAUCAUUGUUCCAUAAUCUUGAAAUGACAAAAACAUUAGUACUCAUCCAUGAUACUGGGAGCAUGAACAUCUUUGAUGGUCACGGUUUAUCGCCAUUGAUGUGUGCGGUAUUGAAUGGUGAGGAAACGGAAUCAUUUACUGUGAGAGAUUCCCGUGCCACAGUGCAGUACUUACUAGACAAUGGCGCCGAUAUUAAUUUACGUCAUGAAACGGGAGCCAGUCCCCUAUACAUGGCUUGUGAAAAUGGACAUUACAACACGGUACAACUGCUACUGAACAAUGGCGCCGAUAUCAAUUUAUGUACGAAGAAUGGAUCAAGUCCUUUACAUGUAGCUUGUUAUAAUGGACAUGACAGAACGGUACAACUUUUACUGAACAAUGGCACCGAUAUUAAUUUAUAUGACAAUGAUGGAGCAAGUCCCAUAUAUAUAGCUUGUGAAAAUGGGCAUGGCAGCAUGGUGCAACUGUUACUGAACAAUGGUGCUGAUAUUAAUUCAUAUAAGAAGAAUGAAGUCAGUCUUCUAUAUACAGCUUGUGAAAAUGGGCAUGACAGCACGGUAAAACUAUUACUGAACAAUGGUGCUGAUAUUAAUUUAUGCAAGAAAAAUGGGUCCAGUCCUCUUCAUGCAGCUUGUUAUGAUGGGCAUGACAACACGGUGCAACUAUUACUCAACAAUGGCGGCGAUAUUGAUUUAUUUAAUAACAAUGGAUUCAGUCCUCUGCAUGUGGCUUGUCAAAAUCGAUAUGUCGGCACGGUACAGUUGUUACUGAACAAUGGCGCCAAUAUUAAUUUAUGUGAGAAUAAUUCAGUCAGUCCUCUAUAUAUAACUUGUUAUAAUGGAGAUGACAGCAUGGUACAACUGUUAUUGAACAAGGGCGCCGAUAUUAAUUCAAGUGAGAAGAAUUCAGCCAGUCCUCUGUAUAUAGCUUGUUAUAAUAGACAUGACAGCACGGUGAAGCUAUUACUGAGUAAUGGCGCCAAUGAUAAUCCACUCCACGUAGCACGGGGAUGAGGAUACGAAAGCCCGAUACAACUUUCACUUCCCUACGCAGGAAUCUAAUUCAAGUAGUGAAGAUGGAUUCACUGGAAAAAAUCACUGCGAAGCCCUGUAUCAUGGAAUAAGCAGAAUCACCUUGCGAUUUGUACCGUCAUAAAGCUGUUAUGUUAUUGUCCGACCAAAGCGAUACUAUAAAACAGUAUUGUUGUGCUAAUUUUUACACUAAACCUUUAUUUUUAAUAAUGGCUCUUUAAAACAUCUCAUAUGAAGUGUGAUAUCACCAUCGAACGAAUGAUAUAAGCUCAAAAUUACAUAUGAAUUUUCAUUUGUGUUUCCGUUAAGAAUCAAUCUAUCGACUAAAUGAAAAUGGUGUUUUGUUUGACAAUAAAAGAUUUUUAAGUCAAAA